AUGACUCUCACCAAGCUCAACUUCAUUACUGGGAACAAGAACAAGUUGUCCGAAGUGCGGGCUAUCCUUGGUAAUGUUAUCGAGGUAGACAGCCAGGAAGUCGAUGUCCCAGAGAUCCAGGGAACCAUCGAGGAAAUCGCCAAGGAAAAAGCCAAACGUGCCGCUGAAGCAAUUAAUGGACCUGCUUUGACCGAAGACACUGCCCUCGAGUUCCAUGCACUCAAGGGUCUCCCCGGGCCAUACAUCAAAUCUUUCAUGGCUUUGGGCCACGAAGGCUUGAACAAGAUGCUUGACGGUUUUGAGGACAGAACGGCCGAAGCUGUGUGCACCUUUGCCUUUUGCCGGGGACCUGGCGAGGAGCCUCUUAUCUUCCAGGGCAGAACUGAGGGUGCCAUUGUGCGGCCCAGAGGCCCGACCAAUUUUGGCUGGGACCCUAUCUUCGAGUAUGAUGGAAAGACAACAUACGCCGAGAUGGAGAAGGAAGCCAAGAACAAAAUCUCCCACCGAUACAAGGCGCUAGUGAAGUUGCAGCAGUGGCUAGCCGAAGGACAGCAGUAA